AUGGCUAAUGUUGGGGGCGGCACUAGGGCAGUCGAAAAGGCCAUUGCCAAUGCAUUUCCAGACUUGGAGUGCACUGUGUUUGAUCUUCCACAUGUUGUUGCCGGCUUGGAAGGGAAUAAGAACUUGAGCUAUGCUGUGGGAGAUACGUUUGAGGCUAUUCCUACUACGGAUGCUGUUUUACUCAAGGUAGGUAGUGAAUUCCUUUUCAUUUGUAUUGGGUUAGUUGAACUUUUCCCCCAUGGAGUUUAA